GUUUGUUGGUUUUUUACCAAAAAUACUCAAAAAGAAGAAAAAAGUACCACCUCCACCGCCACCAAUUAUUAAUAUACCUGGAUUCGUUCGUAUAAGUGGUGCAAGACAUAACAUGGUUGUUUAUUUUGAGGAGUUGCGUCGUGACAACUCAAGGAGAAAGAGGCAAGGUUCCUUUAUAGUACAUGGUGAAAAAUAUAUUAAAGAUCUGAUAGCAAAAGGACAUCACAUAAAGAGUAUUGGAAUUACAGCACCAGAAGAUAUAAAAUCU